UAUGCCUGAGCCAGCCAAGUCUGCGCCCGCGCCCAAGAAGGGCUCGAAGAAAGCGGUGACCAAGACGCAGAAGAAGGGCGACAAGAAGCGCAAGAAGAGCCGCAAGGAGAGCUACUCCAUCUACGUGUACAAGGUGCUGAAGCAGGUGCACCCGGACACGGGCAUCUCCUCCAAGGCCAUGAGCAUCAUGAACUCCUUCGUCAACGACAUCUUCGAGCGCAUCGCCGGCGAGGCCUCCCGCCUGGCGCACUACAACAAGCGCUCCACCAUCACCUCCCGCAGAUCCAGACGGCCGUGCGCCUCCUGCUGCCCGGCGAGCUGGCCAAGCACGCCGUCUCCGAGGGCACCAAGGCCGUCACCAAGUACACCAGCUCCAAGUGAGCCGCCACAAAGCAAGCAGCCAGGCCCCCCCGUGCAAACCCAAAGGCUCUUUUCAGAGCCACCCACUUGCUCCCCAAAGAGCUGCGAUUGCAAAGUGCCGAGAGGGUGCCUGCGAAGGCAACGUUUGGAUCUUGGCUUGCAGAAUGAUGGUCUAAACAUUUCACAUCCUAAAUGCCCCCGCCGAUUCGGACAUAACCAAGAGAAGAAGCAGAACGCCAAGUACAAGUUCUUCAAAUCACCUUGGUUUCCGGAACAAAAUUAG